GGCCAACGGAUGGUGAUUCGAAUAAUGCACGAAAGGGGCAUGUGCGGGCGGUGAAGCGUAAAAGAGAAGAGGUCGGGAUAACUGGUCGAAUGCCUGUGAUUAGCUUUCGAGCAGAAGAUGUGGAGGGAAUCUUGUUACCCCACAAUGACGCACUGGUCAUCACAGCCGAAGUGGCAGGUUUUGAUGUGAAAAGAGUGUUCAUCAACACGGGGAGCUCAGUCGACGUGAUGUUCUACGAUUGUUUUGCGCAGAUCAACAAACACCUGAAUAUGGAAUUGAAACCGGUGGCGACAGCUUUAUACGGGUUUAACGGUGGAGAGGUAAUGCCAAUGGGCGAAGUGAGCCUGACCGUAGCAUUGGGGUCGGGCGACUCGAGGAAAGUAAGAAUGAUCCGGUUUGUAGUGGUCGGAGCAGAAUCGUCUUACAAUAUCAUUUUAGGGCGGACAGGUUUAAAUGCGUUCCAAGCGGUCGUGUCUACAUACCACAUGACGAUCAAAUAUCCUGUGGGGGAAAAUGUAGGCGAGAUUGCGAGGGACCAGCUCACGUCGAGGA